GCGUUGUUUUGAUCCAGCUGACCGCUAUCCGCAGAAAGAAAUAAACCAGGCUAGGCUAGAAAGACAGAGAGUUUGGAUUCCGUAGAGCAGAGACACGGACCGUGUGGACUCUGAGGGACUGACGGCGGGGAUCGGACUGGGGCGACUUUCCCUCCACGGCGAUGCUGAGCGCCACAUCCAGUUAGCACCGUCCCGACAGAACGGGACCAAAGUGGAUGGAAAUCCGACAAAAGGCGACGCCGUCCGAGGAAGGGUUAGCUUAGUUUAGAUGUUAUUGUCAGCUAAAAACAAACCCACUUGGUCGCAAUGUCCUGCACUGGGAACCUGGUUUGGGAUGUUAAUAAACGUCUGAUUGGAUACGGGGAUCCUAACUCCAUCAGAACCAGCUAUUUAGGUAGAAGAGAAUUUGUCCAGAGGCUGAAACUAGAAGCGACACUCAACGUCCACGAUGGUUGUGUCAACACAAUAUCCUGGAACGACACAGGCGAAUACAUCCUGUCUGGGUCAGACGACACCUUUCUGGUCAUCACUAACCCGUACAACAAGAAGGUGAAGAAGUCGAUCCGCUCUGGCCAUCGAGCGAACAUCUUCAGUGCGAAGUUCAUGCCUCACACAAACGAUCAGGAAAUCGUCUCCUGCUCCGGAGACGGCGUCAUCUUCUACACCCACACCGAGAAGAGUCCCGAGUACAACCGGCAGUGUCAGUUCACCUGCCACUACGGCACAGCUUACGAGAUUAUGACUGUACCAAAUGAUCCCUACACUUUCCUGUCGUGUGGGGAGGACGGCACGGUGCGGUGGUUUGACCUUCGCACAAAAACCAGCUGCACUAAAGAAGACUGCAAGGAUGACAUUCUGAUUAACUGCCGAAGAGCGGCGACCUCCAUAUCCAUCUCACCUCUGGUGCCAUACUAUCUGGCUGUGGGCUGCUCAGACAGCUCAGUGCGAAUCUAUGACAGACGCAUGCUAGGAACCAGAGCCACAGGUAACUACAUGGGCCGGGGAACGACGGGCAUGUGUGUGCGGUUCGUACCUUCCCACCUGUCCAACAAGUCGUGCAGGGUGACGUCUCUCUGCUACAGCGGGGACGGUCAAGAGGUGCUAGUCAGCUACUCCUCGGAUUACAUCUACCUUUUCAACCCCAAAGAUGACCAGGCCCGGGAGCUCAAGGGCCCGUCGGAGGAGAGGAGGGAGGAGCUAAGGCAGCCUCCGGUGAAGCGGCUCCGGCUGCGGGGGGACUGGUCCGACACGGGACCCCGAGCCCGUCCUGAGAGCGAAAGAGAAAGAGAUGGGGAGCACAGUCCGAAUGUGUCCCUGAUGCAGAGAAUGUCGGACAUGUUGUCCCGGUGGUUUGAAGAGGCCAGCGAAGCUCAGAGCAGCAGAGGAAGCCGACCUCCGGCUCGGCCCAGAGGAACUGCUGUCCGGCCCGAGGGCUCGGCAAACACUCCUGCCGCCUCGGGUGCAGACUCCACCCAGGAGUCCGGGGGCCCCGACAGGCCCGUGGAGACAGACUCCCUGGAGGUCCCUUCCAGUCCUGCAGCCACUUCCGAAGCCCCGAUGUCCAAAUCCACUUCCUCUUCCUCCUCAGGGUCGUCAUCAACAGUCACUGCGCCUCCCACUUCCGGCUCGUCUUUGGUAGAGAGCUCGGCCGCUUCUUCUUCUUCUCCUCUUACCUCCUCCCCUGACUCGGAGCAAAGGAGUCAGGGGGACACGACCGGGACGCCCACAGCCACAGCCACGCCCACCUCUGAGCCUGCGCUAUCGGAGUACGGUCCUCAUCGGCUGCCCAUAAGUUUAGUGUGUAGGCGUUUGCAGAGGUUGCUUCGGCUGGCCGACCCCCCGGGACUGGGUCAGCGAGCGACCGCUUCCACUUCCUCCGCAGCCUCUGAGCGAAGGGCCACCUCCGCCGCUGCCGCCGCCGCCUCUGCUGCUCCGAAGCAACCCCAUACAGAUUCCCCUUCGUCUGUGGUAAACAAACAGCUGGGAUCCAUGACUCUGGAUGAACAGCAGGGAGCAGCAGAGGCUGCAGGUUCAAAUCCUGAGGAAUCGGUUACCGCAGCAACCAGCAGCACCCCCACCACCCCAACUCCCACCCCGUCCACCACCCGACCCGGCGCAGCAGAGCCGGUCCUCAGCCUGCAUUACAGCUCAGAGGGAACCACCACCAGCACCAUCAAGCUGGACUUCACCGACGAGUGGAGCAGCACCACGUCGAGCUCAAUGGGCACCGGAGUCUCCAAAACAUCUGAAGUCGUGGCUCCAAACAGCCAGGAGACUCUGUCAGCGGAGACUUCGGCGUCGGAACAGGCUCCCUGUGAGUCCUCUAGGCAGCAGAGUUUGGCAGCAGCCACAUCAGAGUCUUUGCGCGACGACUCCGGCGUCGGCCCCCUCGGCGUCUCCACGACUCGGGGCCCCGCCGAGUGGGAAUGCACCGGGUCUCCGCCGCAGGAGAGGAGUCAGCCAGAGGGCUCCGAAGACCCGUCAGGCGACUGCAGGAGGGCGGAGCCUGCCGGAGAGGAGGGCGUGGAGGGUCAGAGUCAGCCGGCGCCUAGCAACCAGGACUCCGACGACAGCGACGACGAUCCCAUUCUCAUCCCACCAGCCAGAUUCAGAGGGCAGGGGCAGAGAUUUAAUUCCAGAGGAUCUGCAGUAGGAGAUAGGAUGAUCAGGCGCUCUGCAGCAGCUCGCAUCCAGGAGCUGUUUCGCAGGAGGAAAGAGAGAAGAGAGAUGGAGGAGAGUGAAACUCAGAAUAUCAGGAGACCUUCAGUGAAAAUGGUUUAUAAGGGCCACCGCAACUCCAGAACAAUGAUAAAAGAGUCGUGUUUCUGGGGCAACAACUUUGUGAUGAGCGGCUCGGACUGCGGACACAUUUUCAUUUGGGACAGACACACCGCGGAACACCUCAUGCUGCUGGAAGCCGACAACCACGUGGUCAACUGCCUGCAGCCGCACCCGUACGACCCCAUUUUGGCUUCUUCGGGGAUAGACUAUGACAUCAAGAUUUGGUCACCACUGGAGCAGUUGGCGUCUUUUAACAGAGUCCUUGCUGAGGAGGUCAUAACCCGCAAUGAGCUGAUGCUGGAAGAAACAAGAAACACAAUCACUGUCCCGGCCUCCUUCAUGCUCCGAAUGUUGGCGUCCCUCAAUCACAUCAGAUCAGAUCGCCUGGAGGGCGAUCGAUCUGAAGGAUCCGGUCAGGAAAACGAGGAAGAGCAGUAGCCAAGUUGGCAUUUUAUUUUCAUGGAAAAAAAAGAAAAA